AUUUGCUCCACACAUUUGUUCUUGUCAGUCACAGGCGAGAUGGAAAACUCUCUGCUGAUGAUUCUUACGGCGCUCCUGCUCUGUGGAGUUCAAGGAAUCGCAAGUCUGAACGAUACCAACCUCACAACCCCCGCAACCCCAGAAUGCCCUAAUUCUAUUAUAUCCACUACCCAGCCGACCCCAUGUCCGAUAACCAUCCAGAAUAUUACGUUUGCGUUCCCGCUGAUGGUAACAUGGAUGAGUCCAUGUGAAGGUCAGCUGUAUGUGCAUUCUCAUGAGGGUCAAUGGCAAUUGUGCUCUAACAAUCACAUGCCACGCAACUGGUGGACUGCAGUGUGUAAGGAGAGAAGAUGUGGAGACUACAGUGGCCAUACGAUCGCUUCAAAACAAGCUGAUGGUUAUACAAUAUAUAAAAAUAACACAUUCAUCAAGACUACUGAUUGCAUGGGAAUGGUUAUCAUGUGCAAAGAUCCUUUAGGAACAGAGUUGGCUGCUUAUAAAGCAGUAACGGGCAUUUUAAUUUUCUUGAUCUUGGCCGUCAUUCUCAUUCAGUUCGGUCGCCCCACAUACAAAGCCAUCCGCAAAAGAUUUUCACAAAAGCGGCAGAGUCGCUGGGUCGGCCCGACUCAGAGUGUGUGCUAUAACAGAGGGCAAGGGCCCCAAAACAAAAACACAGAAAAGAGACAGUCCUUUCCUGGUUUGGAGAGGCUGACGGUAAACCAGAGCAGAGAGCCCUCAUCCAACAGAAACAGUGACUAUGACUCAUACGGCUACAGCUGAAGGCCUGUGCUCACAAAAAAACUGACCCUAAGCACGACUCUCGUCAUCUACAAUCGGCAGAGUGUUUUACGUUACAUGGCUUCGUCUGAUUCGAGCUGUCGUUUGACAAGUCAAGAAAAGUGUAAAUAUUUUUGAAAAGUAUAACUGAGAAAUCCAUUUAGGAUAAAAUCAAAAAAUAAUUUCAUAGUUUCAACAUAACUACAUAAGCGCUUACUUGGUAUAGCAUAGCAGGCUUCUUUUCAUUCAUUAUUCAUUUUCUAAAAAUAGAUUUUGUAAUGACUUCAUUUUGCUGUGUUUGUUUUUGGUAAUGUUUUUAGAUAUUUCAGAAACAAUGUGAUUUCACACACGUCCUAAAAAACAUUGGCUUUAAAAAAAUGUCUAUUUAUGCAAUUAAUUGCUUUUUGAGAUGGUGUAUGAAUAAUUUUAAAUAAACUAA